AUGUCUACGGUGGGUGCUUUUUGAGUUCCUGAUAUGUGUCAAUUCUUCAGUACUUUGGCCCCUCGCUCGUCAAAUUAAAAUCGAACAAGUCUUACAGGUUCUACAGUCACUUUUACCGACUGUUCACUCAUUGCGUCGACCGCUUCAACGUGCACUGACGACUAUCCGAGAAUAGUAAUAACACACAGGGUAGCUGUAGAACCCAAAAUCCUCAUCCUAUUCUGAUUCAGUUUAUUGAAUAAAGCUUGCCCUCAAUAUUUUGUGGGCCUCCACUAGGGGUUAAUUUUAUUAUAUUUACAGCUUUUUGGGUGUUCUUUAAUUUGUGUUGCGUUCCUCCCGCGUGUUCCGUAUACGUGUUUAGCGAUUUUUUUAAUGACAGACUAAUUCCUAUGUCUGUGCAUUAUUAACGGUGUCCAGAGCCUUCGGUAGUUACAUCCCCUGUUCCACCGCACCCCUCUUCUGUAGGUAUUAUUGAUAACUGAGAAUUGAGAAGGCCAAUCGAGCAUCUGAUCAAUUGUUUUAUUAUUUUGAGAUUUUGAAAUCCCGUAGGAGCCCAUUGUCAGAAAUGACAACUGCAAAAUAAAGCCAACAGUUAUAGGGAUAUUAGCCGAUCGUCAGUCAGUUACGAAGAGCUGGAAGUGACUGCAGAGUUCUGUAUUUCGAUUCAUUGAUUGCCCGAGUCCGCAUCCGGAGCCCAAGUUUCAGUCGAUUCUCAGCUUGUCUUGCACGCAACGUGGGCGAUUAUCUUGGUGACUGCGGUCAUGGCUAGCUUCGAAGGUGUGGGCAGCCACUUGCGAUAACUUGUCGCCCCGUCACACAGCCAGCUGAUGUUCGUGUGUGCGCGAUCCCAGCGUUCUUCCGGUCUGGUCUGUGUAAUUACAAGGACAAUUUGGACACGAGACGCGAUACACUACCCAAGACUGUUUCUUGGCACCUAAUCGGCCCUUCAUUUGCAUCAGCAUGCUACACAUGGUAGCUUUGGACUGGUGUGCAAUUCCGGCAUAUAGUCCCGCAGUAAUGCGUUCGGUCGCUUCUAAGACAUUCUUGCUGUAUGACAGAGCAGUAAUUGCCCUUCGUUCGUGUGCCCGUCAGACGAUGCCCUAACAUCGAAACUGAGACGAGCGUUGACAGGAAAGCAACGAACACCCGCAACUUCCCAGUUCUCACAACACCUAUCCGGUGACUCAUACGAAUAUGUCCGUGCUUUGAUGUACAUCAAGAAUGCUCUAGGAGUGACCGAACACACUGCUGUACAAGGUGUUGGAGUCACACGACAGCCCAAAGCUACCAUGUGCAGCAUUGUCACAAAAGUCAAGGACCGAUUAGGUGCUACGAAACAGUCUGGAGUAGUGUAUUGCAUCCCGUGUCCAGGCUGGACGCACGCUGGGAUCGCGCAUACACAAACAUCAACUGGCUAAGAAUCGAUUGGAGCUUGGGCCGCGGAUGUGGACACAGGCAGUCAGUGAAUCGAUCUAGUGCCACAAUACAGAACUCUGCACAGCCACUUCCAGACCUUCGUCACUGACUGAUGAUCGGCUAAUACCCCCUAUAACCAUUGGCUUUAUGUUGCCGUUGUCAUUUCUGACAGUAGAUUGCCACAUGACUUCAAAAACUCAGAAUAAUAAACAAACUGUUCCCAGUUCAAGUGAUCGUUUUUCUUCCUUGUUCAUGCACGGACCCGGAACCCGAUCAUUCGCCUCCGUAGGAUCACUUUGACUGACAAUAAUCCAAAAAGGUAGCGCUAUGUGUGAAGAUUUUUGUCAAGUGGAUGUUGAUAAUUAUAAGGAGAGCAGUAUAGUAAGAGUGAUAGGACCGCAAAGGGCGUAUAUAAUAGGUCAGUCUUCACGAUUCCUUGAAGUCGCGCGCUUGCCGAGACGAGGGAAGCUUAGGACUUCAGACAGAUGCGGAGAGGAUAACAGUUUUCCGCGGUCUAUUGUGUAAUCCAGCAUUACAAAGCAGCUCGUGUCAGCUUUUCACACCAUUUUCACUCUCUCUUCACAUUAGUAAGGCGAAACCAGAAGCUCAAUCAGUCGGCCUCUACUUCCGCCACACGCAUAUUCGGUCAUCAAUAUCACGGUUGUAAUCAAUCUGCUGCGUGGCCCUCUCGGGCUAGGCUCAGCUACCAACAGCUUGUUACUGAAUUUUAGGAGUCCUCGUUCACAUAUACGGUAAGGUUAUGUACUUGAGGGACAUUCUUAUGGUUUGAUAUUACGUGUAGAAACUUUUCUCGGACAAUAGGGCUGUUGGACCGCCUUGAUCCAGCCAUGCCAUGCUCAUUAGCGAGUGCCGACUGUCAUUUCAGGUAUUAAGAGUUUGCUCAAAUCAAGAAUCUAGGGAACACCUGGACUCCUAAUGGCGUGCUUGCGACUGGGAACCAAUCUCUUCCUUUCCUCUAGAUUGGGGUGAAUCAUAAUCGGCUAACUGGUUAGAUGCCCACAUUGACGUGACUCCUCUCAGAAUUGACGGCUGCCAUCCACAUUUUUUCCUUCCUACUAACUUCCUUGGACUUGUCACUUUUGUCCUGCCACUUUUCAGACUGGCGAAUUUGCCAAAACGGAUGGCAACCUGAGAGCCCUUGAUUCAUCGUGACUGUAACUUUUUCUCCUACCACCCUCCGAUACAUGAAAAUACUUUUGUUUUCGUUCAUUAAAUAAGUAGCUGGAGGACUGUGCUUGCUUUGAUAGGUCAGUACUAAUCUUUUAAUCGGCAUGGCUGGCCUACUAUUUUAUGCGCCAUUUAGCCAGGCCUACCGACUUUCCGUUAUUUUCUUCAUUGGCACUGCUCUUGUACGUUAGCACUCCCGUCUGUCUGUUUUGAACUUUCCCCCCAACCAAAUUCUUAAACUGAUGGUCAUUAUUUUACCAGACGGGGUUCGUUUUGUUACCGCUCUAAAUAUCAGGCCCUCACGCUGGAGUCAACCAGGUUUGUCCCAUAUUGAUCUCUGUGGAGAAGUCGACAUAAGUCGUCUACAAUAAUGGAGAUUUUGUCUGUUUUCCCUGGAAUCCUAUCAAACAUGAGUAUGUGACUACUGUCCAACCGUCAAUUUGGACAAUGUUCACUGUGUGCUCCACAGAAGGAUGAGAUCAGGGACGGCGACUUGGGCGUAAAUUAGUUUGUGGUCUACCGCACUCUCUCCUCCACCACCUGGACUCAAUGUCAAGACAGAGUCAAACAAACCGAAGACGGGAGAAGACGCAGGUGGCUGGCAUGGCGUAGACCCGCACGUAAUCACUGGCACUGAUCAGGAUUUUAUACCACAAAAAACUAGGUGGGCAGCAGGGAUCCACAGUGACGCGACAUCGCGACGUGAGUCGGCAUUUAGACAUGUCGCUACACCCUAAUGAUGGCAUUUGUUACGGGUGCUCUUUACCGACAACGUCUACCAAUAUCCGGUCUUGCCCCCAUGUUGGUCCAGCGCAGCUACCGCGUGACCUGUCUUACGGGCACAACCACGAGUAUAAAAUACUCACACGAAUCCAAGGCCCGGUCGACCGUCGCCAACUUGAUUUUCCGGUUUCCUAAAUUCUACGAAAACUUUCGCAUCUUUUGUCCAGAGCACCUUUCGAAUUUACUCCUUCUAAAGGCAGUCUCGAAAAGCUCAUAUCAUCUUAAAGACCUCACACAGAAGAACCGCAUUGGAAUGUCCGGUUAUGAGCCUGCUUGAAUUUAUGAUUUCAAGACGUGCUUCGGUUUACAGGGCCUGUCAGAGAUAUUUACUUAGUCGAGCUUGUCUUGUUAUUUCUUGGAGCGCACUGCCAGUCAGCGUUCUUCGAGAGUUCUAUUUGCUAAUUCUGCCCAAGUGCAAAGUGGUCAGUUUAUGCACACUAGUCAAUAGAGGGCCACUAAAAAGUUCUCCGUUUAGUUCGUUGUUAUUUUCCGGCCACACACAAACCCAAAUUUGAGACGGUGUAAAAUUCGAGUCCAACCAAUUCCUACAAGCUCCUGUUUUAGGUUAUGAGUCAUGCAUUCAGAUCGCGCGAAACUGGUGUUCACUUACUCGGUGUUAAUUCGAGCCGCGGCACAAUCGACUCGCAUUUCAAUAGAGCUCUUGCCUGUCGUUCUUUCGGGUUGCAUAGUUGAGUAAAUGCUCGCCAUUCUGUCAUAUCGGUCGAAAUAACGCAUAUUCAUUUAGUAAGGAUCCUCUCGGUCGAAGAUGUCCAGUGUGUGCUCCACAGAAGGGUGAGAUCAGGGAUGGCGCAUGUAUUCAUUUUGUGGCUGCACGCUUCCAGUGACUGAAGACUUUUUUGAAUCAUGGACUAUUUCUACACCUUCGUUUAUACACCUUUUAGCCGCCUUUCGUGCUUGCAUGAGGUAAAUAAUUUUUUCUGGGACUGAAACAGCGCCUUUCUGUGAUCACUGUUCGACGACUUCCUCUUUAGAAUGCAAUUAUUGAAAGUAAUCGAAUUUCGACUUUAAAAACUUGUCUACUUCAUCUUUUUAAUUGAUCCCUCAUUUGUGCCUGGUCAUGAACUUCAAAGCUGACAGUAAUUCCUGUUGCCCAAAGAUAUUUGAAUAACGCCUUUUCGUGUUUUGGCGAUCAGAGUCUUUCACCUGGUUUUCCUGCAGGGUGACUGGCACGUGGCCAUAUCUUUAAAGUCUUCACCGAUGUUGGGUGAAAGUUGUGUGCUCUUCGGAUGUUGUGGAUUAGGGUUGGGAGUCUGCAGACGAAAUUUUUUCCUUUGCCCAUCCAAAAUUCCGUCCGAUUAGGAGAAAAGGCGGCUCACCACACCUCUCCAGAUAUUCCCUAAUUAAAGAAGUCGAUGUCGAUAAUGAUAACUUUUUGGGAUUGUAACCCAGAGACCGGGACUCCUUAACAAUAAUCUAGACAAAGUUAAAUUGGGAGUGUGCGGUUUCCUCACGAGUCAGAAUCCGUUUAAUUUACUCCUUCUUCAAUCACUGUCAUUAAAACUCGGCCGACACUGUACAGCAAUGCUUAAUUUGAACGUCCGUUAUGCCCUUGUAAUUGACAGUCUACAACGUUAACCGUAACACAAACACGUGUGGAACAGGACUACUCGUUUAUUCAUUUUGCGGCUGAACGCUGCCUGUGACUGAGGACUAUUCUGAGUCAUGGACCAAUUUUACAUCUUUUAGCCGCUUUUGGUGCUUGCAUGAGGUAAAUUAUUUUUCUUUGAUUGAAACAGCGCCUUUCUGCGAUCAAUGUUAACGACUUCCUUUUUAGAAUGUAAUAAUUGAAAGUAAUCGAUUUUUGACUUCAAAAACUUGCCUAGUUAAUCCCCCAUUUUCGGAAGGUCAUGAGCCACAAAACUGACCGCACUUCCUGUUGCCCGAAGUAGUUUGAAUAACGCCUUUUCGUGCAAUUUAUAUGCUGUUUAAAUUUAUAGGAAGCCUAACCGAGAAGAACAACGGAAGUCAGAAUGAGAAUUUCUGGCUAAUUGAUGGUUUCCCCCUUGCCAUAUAUACCUCAAUCCAGGCUGAGAGAAGUGGAGGUCUAAACCCCAUUUCGGUUAACCAUUGAUCUGAAUGCUCUGCGAAUUGAGUCGGGGACAUGUGCUCUGCCAGUUGAGGCUUAGGUUGGCCACCAUUUUAGACUUCCAACAACUACAACAGUCUUAAAUUUUCACAGGAUAUUGUUGACAGAUGCGCGUUGGCGGACAAAAGAGAGUGGUGGUUGCAAUGCACCCUACGUCGUUUUCAUUCCCCACAUCAGUCGUGUAAAGCACUUAACUUUUGUGCGUCUGCAGUCCAUUACCGACUGCCUCACAUCAUGUAGAAGAUAGCAGAGUUUUAAGGUCCACUAAUCAUACGUACGCAAUACAGAAGGGUUUCCUAGCCGCGAUAUGUGGAAGACUGCCUAAAAAAUCUCUCUUGCCAAUUACAGCCACAAUUAAUUCUCUGGUUUGCAACUAACUAAAAUGUACCGUAUAUAAAUAUUGCUUUCUGUCAAGCUCUGCGAAUUCGACACUUGACUAAGCACUUGCAAAAGUGGUCUAGUUGGCUCUGUCCCAAAUUUUGUUCCCCUGACAUGUAGCGCGUCAAAGUCCAAGCAUUGGUAGGUUUUUUUGAGUGGAAUUCACCAAAAGCUCCCACCUCAGCCAACAAAGUUCCUGGGUUGAAUUGAUUUUCUGUAACACCGGUCACAAGCUACUGGCAUUCGUUGACUUGAAGCGGAAUACCGUCCCUCCACUUCCCCAGAAUACCGCCGGCCUAGAUCCCUUGCGGGCUGUCGCAUGGCGGUGAUCGAUCAGUAGUCGACGACUGUUGCCGACCGAGACAAAGAAUGCCGGAACGACCAUUCCUGCCUUUUAAUCCAGCUGUUCCUUGCCGGUCAAUGACCGUCAGCUGACUGCAAAUUAGACUAACCAUUUCAGUCGGCAGUGUAUUUGCCGCAAACUUCUAGACAUGCACAUUAUUUUAUUCUCGAGGGAGUGCAGCAUUCCCAUAGGAAUCAUUAUGUGACAAUUGGAGAGCUUGAAAGAACACCAUACACCCGACAGCCUGCAUACGGCCUGUGUUCUUUGCUCUAAAACUGCUGCUGUUGCAACCAGACCAUAACCAUCUACACUCUGACGCUUACGUUGCUUUUUUGCACCACACCCUUAGGGGAGAUUUACGGGUUUUCGAGCGCGGUCCCCACGACCCGUUCCUGUCGCACAAAACGUGCGCGUCUCCUCGCAGCCCUCCCCAGUACCACCAGAUACCCUCUGUUGGGUUUGCUACUGUUCUGAGGCAGAGGCCCCCCAGGACUGGAUUCGGCCGUGCCGAUGUUGUGGAUCCUGCAAAUGGGUGCACCAAUCGUGCCUUCAAAAGUGGAUAGAUGAGAAACAGCAGAACAGUCUCAACACUCCCGUCUUGUGCAGCUCAUGUGGCUAUCAGUACGCCAUUGUGUAUCCUCCUCCUGGUAAGUCGACCUAUCUAUGUGUCCUGGUCGUCCUCCUCCUCAGCAUUUGAGACUUCCCGCCAGGGUAAAUUGGUUUGCGCACAGUAUCGCCACCACCGUCACCACCACCACCGUUACCACUACCGUCACCACCGUCACCACCACCACCACCACCACCACCACCACCACCACCACCACCACCACCACCACAACGAACUUCUUUCUGGCCGCCUGCAAAAAGUAAAUUCCGCAAGAAUGACUGUCUAAGUAGCAUAGGUUUUUCUCAUUGAUUUUUGACGCCUUCAUAGAAGACAUGGACAAAAAUAUUCAUUCUUCUACUCAUUGGGAAGAGAAUUACGUCUUCUUCAAUUUUUGUACCUGAAGGAAGAGUAUAAUUCGGUUUUAAAAAACUUCCAAUUCCUGAAUAAUUUUGAAUCCGACUAGCCGUUGCACUUGCAUUCAAGGUUUCAAAACUACAAGCUGUAUAUUUUCCGUGUACGAGAAGUCAUACAUCCCUAUACGCUAUUAAGAGCAGACCAUAUGUGGUUCACAAAAUGUAGCAGUGGAUUUGAGCCAUAUCGUAAGCUUUACGAGCAAAAUCAGUAAAUGCAUAGACACGCUGUUUCACGAACGGGCAUUUCACAAUUUUAGAAAAUCUCAUAAUUAGAAACUUUUUUAAAACCGAAUUAUAGCUUCCUCCAAGUACACAUUUUGAGAAAGACGUAAUUUUAUUCCAGAUGCGUAAAAUAAUGAAUAUGUUUGUCCAUGUUUUCUAUGACGUACUUGAAUUUAUAAGGGCAUCGAAAAUCAAUGAGAAAAAUUAUUGCUAAUUAAGUAGUCAUUUUUACAGAGUGGUUUUUGCAGGCGGUCCGAAAGAAAUUCGUUUAGAAGCUGCCGUCCCGAAGUAACUGAAAUAUCUUGGUAUUAUCUGCAUGGUAAUUAAUAUCACAACCCAACUUGAGUAAUCAUUUCGAGUCGAAAGCGCAUUUCAGAAUUUCGGUUAACAUUUCAUGAGUUAGCGCGUUUACUGUAGGUCAGAGACAGUUGCUUUGGCAUCCUUAUGCUUGCCAGUACACCUUGCUUGAUAAGCCAAUUUGCCAGACAGCCAACGGAAACGGUGAACUGCUGGUGGUGGUGGUUCGUGCAUCAAAUUCGGGAUGCAGUCGUCUCAAAGGCGGUGACAACCAGCUGUAUUAAAUGAAAAAAAAACUUGGCUAGUUCCUAUGUUUACGCGCUGUGCACUAGGGGAGUUUUUUUCGAAUGCAGGCGGGGAUGUAGGGCAGCGCUUCUGUGUCAAACGCCUAAACAGGAGCCAGGCAGGCUGGCAGUCUCACUAACACCACUGCCCCCGAUAUCAUCUCCAGUCGGCAAGACUCAUCCUCGACAAUGAGGGAAGGGAGUAUGAGACAAGGCCUCUACCAUCUUUCCUCACUAAAAUUUUGCUGGCGAGUUUUGUGCAAUUAAAACCGUGGCCGUGAUUAUUGUCGCCUGAGGAGAUAGAUCGGUCCCCCGAGCUGUGAUUCAAGUUAAUGUGGUUACAAGAACAGGAGACAGCUAGAAUGAGCCUGGAGUCAGUGACUGGUAGAGCCAGGCGGCCCGACUGUCACACACACGAUCUGGCCUUCAGCGCAUCACUGUUCAGUGGCUGACGACGAACUGCAGGUCUCGAAGAGGUCCGGAUGACGUAGAGGAUGCAUUAGGAAGGGGUUAUUACAGCCCGACGUUUAGUCACACCGUCAGGCGUCAAAUUUUUUUUAUUAUGAAGAACGAUACCUCUUGAAGAAGGAGAUACAAUCGCUAGGAUAAGAGCUUUAUUAGCCUGACGUUUCGGAUUCCUGCUCGAACCCAUUAUCAGAGACAAAAGCAGAUACGGGCGGCUCAUGCACAAGGGGCUGCAGUAUUCAUAGGAUGCAGUCGCCAUGCUACCGCAUACCUAUGAAUAUUCACGGCUCCCCACCCCCGUCAUCAGGAAGCGUUGCACAUGGCGUGAGGGCUGUUUGAUGGCCGAUAUUCGCGUCGUUAAUUGCUGCAGUUUCACCAUGAUCCACCGACCCUGGAGUUGGUGAAAGUGUUCACUUAUGCGCGUCCUGCGUGGCUAAUUACUCCGCCUAGGCGAAGUCUCAGCACCGACUAUGGAAGGGGAAGUUCAUUGCACUUGUUAAUAGACUGGGGGCCAGUAAACCAUGAUUCAAGUAUCGCCCGGCUCACGCGGUUGUCACCUCUUGCGAGAAUUUUGGCUUCGUCGAAUUUGAAUGUGGCCGGAUCUCAUCGAACGAGCCGCAACUUGAGAACUGGCGUCAUUUCUCCGCCGUGCUGCAGCGUGUUCGGCCACUCGCGUUCGGAGCUGCCUUCCGGUUUCUCCGACGCAGUUGCUUUGUCCGCAACUGCACCAGCUCCGAUAAAAGACUCCAGACGCUUCUAGCCGUGGCAGUGGGUCUUUCGGUUUCAUUACUUGAUGCCUGAUGGUUGCCUCCGGUCUGUGUACUCGUCUCUUCGCUUCUAUUGGCAACGAUAUCGCUGUAUCAUCCUCACUGUCAUUUAGUUUCCUUUUCACUGGCGACCUGUCGGGGCUGACUGGUGACGAGAUUGGGCACGGUAGCAUGAGCCACUGUCUAACGUGUGCCACGCGCGUACACGAAAAUUUGUAAGAUCUCAUGCGGACUCACGCAGUCAUGAGGUCGGCCUCUUGGUUUUUCGCUUUUCGAUUGGAACAGGAAUCAAGCCUAGGAGGAAUGAUACCUCCAUCAAAGUUUUGUGGCAUCACCUCGAGGAGGCCUUUGUCUCACUCUCAUGUAAACUACAGUGAGUGACGGAUCUCAUGAAAUGUUGGCUGGAAUUCUGAAAUGACUUUUCGAAUUAGGAAAGAUUACUUAGACGUGGCUGUAAUACCGACUCUCUUGUGGCAUAAUCCUAUAACAUUUCGGACUCGGCAGGAUGUUGGCUUUCAAAUGCACGUCUUUUCAAUCUCCUGUAGAAGCCGUACUCGGUAAAAAAUGAUUACUUAAGUAUCAUGCAUUUUUCCCAUUGAUUUUCGAUGGUCUUGCAAAUUCAAAUAUAUCUUAUAGAAACCAGAAAUAAAAAUAUGCUCUCUUUCAAUCAGUUAUUAGAGAAUCACGUUUUCUUUAUAUUUUGUACUCAAGGAAGAAGUAUAAUUAGGAUUUUAAAAAGCUUCUAAUUAUGGGAUUUUUUAAGACCUCGCAAUGUCUAUUCAUAUAGCAUCGUACCUCGACGUUUACCGCAACUCCUCAUGAAAUCUACAACGUAGUCCGCAUCCAUCGCAAGAUUUUAUGCACUCUGUAUGAUAUCUUUUGAAUGACAUAGAAAAAUAUGUGAUUCUCAGUACGCGGGACGCAUACACCUUGUAGACUGAAAUCACUAAGCUCUAAUGUAACGAAUGAUUAGCCUGCAAAUUAUUCGGCAAUUAGAAAACUUUUUAACACCUAAUUAUACUCCUUUCUUGAGUAUAAAAUAUAAAGAAGAUGCGAUUCUCUAUUAACUGACUGAAAGAAAGCGUAUUUUUGUUUAUGCUUUCUAUAAGAUAUAUUUGAAUUUGCAGGGCCGUCCAAAAAUCAAUGGGAAAAUGCAUGCUACUUAAGUAGUCAUUUUUUAACCGAGUACGGCUUCUACAGGAGAUCGAAAAGCAUUGCAUUCAAAAGCCGAUACCCUGCCGAGUCCGAAAUGUUAUAAGGUUAUGCCGCAGGCUAAUCAGUAUCACAACCGCGACCAAGUAACCCUUCCUAAUCAAAAACGCAUUUCAGAAUUUCAGCCAACAUUUCAUGAGAUCGGUCACUGACUGUAAUUUGUAGAUGCCUCAAAGUCAGUCUCUCCAAGCGUAUAGUUCACGGCUAAAUUAUAGUUCUGUUCAGGUUUAAAAUGUCCAACUUUCUGAUAUAAGGCAAACAGAUGGCCAGUCUUGUUGAAAGGAUUGGUCUAAGCCAACCGCAAGCUUACCCCAUCAUAGCCUCUGGACAGUUGUAAGUAAAUCUUCCUGAAUAUUACUAGUGGUCCUGCCUUAAUUCCUGUUCUGUCUCAAGUAAUCCUACUUAAGUCAGCUUUCGGAAAUUAUCUGGUGGAUUCUAAUUUAAUUACCUAGGAAAUCCUGUUGGGUUAGCCAGCUUACUGAAUUUCAUACGUUGCAGUAAGUUGGGCGGGUGACUUGACCCGGAUGUGAUUAAAAUCACAGCUCCCGAUGGACCCUCAUAGUUCAGGUGGUAACUGUUAUGACCCGGCCUCGUACUUGAAAGCACGUGGGAGCGUAUGCGCACCCGACUCUUGUUCCCAAUACCAACGCGGCAGAGAAGGAGAAGGCGACCGGCCACGAAAAUGGGUAUUAGGAAAUUGCAAGUCAAGAUAAACUGGAAGUAACGCAUAUUUAUAACGCCCUACUGUGGUUCGCGGGCAUUUUGCCCAAUACCCUUCGAGAAGAACAUUCCAGACGAGCUGGUCGAUAAUUCGAAUAUGCAGAUCGAUCAGGCCCGAGGAGAAAAGCCAAUGGAGAGGCGCCACGAUUAAGAUAACAGUGCUGUAGAAGAAACGCGCGUGGCCUCCAGUGAUUGGCUGGCUCUUGGUUUUGGGAGUGUAGGCACUCCCAACAGUGACGGUGCUGGCCCUUGCUAUCGUGGGCUCGAAUCCCACCGAAUUUUUCGCAAUUAGGUCACUACUAAAUUGAUGCAUUACUCCUUAAGAGCAGGUUAUAGGUAAUUGUUGAAAGCACGCUAUUUUUUUCUGAAUUACUGAGGCGUGUGAAACUGCGGUUGUCAACCAGGUGACUUGCCUGGCAAGGUGAACGUGUUGUUUGUUAGGUGAGCAGCAGUCGCUCAAGGUCAAACGCCUGACGUAGUCUGUUGCGCCACUAGGUAGGUCGCGUGAUCAAAAAAAACCUGUGCUGGUAGACAGAAGCGUACCGGCAAUUCCCCCAUUUCACGCCUCACCAUCGUCAUCAUUAUCAUCCCAAAACUCCACCCUGUUUUUUUCCAUCAACAUCUCCGAGCAAAAUACAAGCUCAUGCGAAAACUGGGUGUGGUGUCGUUGGUGGGUUUCGUUACCAUUUUUCUGCCUCCACCGACCCACUGACGAGUUUGGUUGUGCAUCACAAAAUCUCGGUGCACCAUUGCCGGUUUUCUGGUGUCAUUUGCUGUGGGGGGGGUAUCAUCGCAUGAACGCGUAAGAUGGCAUUCCACGUCACCAUGGCAGGAACUGUACGUGGCGGUGUUUUUGUUAUCUGUGCCGAAGCCCUUUGGGUUUCCAAGCUAUAUGCUAUCCGUUUUCUCCGAAGAAAAGUGACAUUACUUUGCACACCCCAUGACGCUCAUGUGAUCGUUGCGUCAGAUGUGCAUGACGCUGCAGACUUUAUGAAUACAGCUAAUAGACCCGACGGUAGCAUACGACAUGAAUAAUCAUCCCAGUGUCUCGGAAGUUAUCAUAAUUGUACAAUUUCUGAAAACCGAAUGGCUCUUUUCCUUCACGCAUAUUCUUGGAAGGAGACGCACCUGUCUACAAAAUGGACCUGAGAAACUAUUUUUUGUGCAGUUCCGGGCUGAGCUUAGUGCCACACGCACGAUCACGGCGGUUUUUAAGACUUUAUACAGAUUCUCCUCGUCUUUUACAAAAGUUCCGGUUGAACCUACUAUCCCAUGAUAGAGUAAACAGUUACGUCUUUCUGAGUUUUCGUUUGUCAGGUAGCUGAGAAGUUGCUAAGUCAGAGGCGGGUUGGCUUCCGUGGGGUUGUUUCCUGCAAUUCCACCUGACUUUUGGGCCAACGUUUCAAGGGCUUUGUUACCUACUGUACACUUUUUGGCGCCUGCAACAUUAGACGCCUCUCGGGGUUUCGCCUUCAACCAGGUUUACUCAGACGAUGCUUAUUCCCGCAACGCCUCCGUUAUCAUUGUCGGUUGGGCAUCCCUUCCUGAUUUGCCAUUUGUGUUUCAUUAAGUUGCAGCAGUAUCUGUUUAUGGCCUGGUAAAGGGGUCCCGUUGAGGUCGCAUAUGCGAGCACGCCUUCCGGAUCAAAAGACAGGCAGUGUUGUGCGGCCAGAACUAGGGAGGGGGGGGAUUUUGGGGAACCCAGAGUGACUCAUGGCUACUGGACGAAGUGCCUGGUCAGUUAUUGCACCCAACCUUGUCAGUCGGGCUGUUGCUGCGUCUUAGAAGAGGGGUAAGAAAGUGAGGCACGUCUUGUUUAGUUAACUGUCCCCGUUGUAAUAAAUUGGACGCUUUUCAAACCGUCAGAGUGUCUUACAGUAGAUUGGCUAACUCAUGAAAUGUCAACCGAAAUUCCGAAAUGCGUUUUCGUUUCGAAAAGAUUAAUUAAGUAGGGUUACAAAACUGCUCAGUCUGCAACAUAAUUCUAUAAUAUUUCAGUUACCUCAGGAUGCCGGCUUUCGAAUGAAUUUCCGUCGAGUUGCAUGCAAAAACUACACUGUAAAAAAUGACUACUUCAAUAGUAUGAAUUUUUCCCAUUGAUUUCCGAUGCCCUUGAAAAUUCAAUUAUAUUUCAUGGCAAACAUGCAUAAAAUAUUCAUUCUUUUGCUCAUUCGGCAGAAAAUUACAUCUUCUUUAAAUUUUCUACUCGGGGAGGGACAUAAGUCGGUUUUAAAAAGUUUCUAAUUGUUGGACUUUUAAAUACCGUGAAAUGGCCGUUCAUAAAUUGUCAUGUCUCUGCAUUUACCAAUGGGGCUUGUAAAAUUAACGAUACGGAUCAAAUCUACUGCUAAAUUUUAUGAGACCUAUAUGGUCUCCUUUAAUACCGUAGAGACAUGCAUGGUUUUCGUACACGGAAAAUAUACAGCUUGUAGUUUUGAAACCCUGAAUGAAAGUGUAACAGCAGGUCGGGUUCAAAAUUAUUCGGUUUUUUAAAACCGAAUUCUACUCUUCUUUUGAGUAUGAAAUUGGAAGAAGACGUGAUUUUCUACUGAAUAAGUAAAAGAAUGAAUAUUUUUAUGCAUGUUUUCCAUGAGAUAUAAUUGAAUUUUCAAGGGCAUCGAAAAUCAAUGAGAAAAUUGCAUGCGACUUAAGUAAUCAUUUUUUGCAGAGUGUAGAUCUUGCAUGCAGCCGAAAAUAAGUUCUAUUGAAAGCCGACACCCUGAGGUAACUGGAUCGUUAUAGGUUUAUGCUACAUCAUGAUUAGUUUUACAACACUACUUAAUUUAUCUUUUCGAAAAGAGAACGCAUUUCGAAAUUUUGGUUGACAUUUCAUGAGCUAGCACAUCUACUGUAUGUUAAAAUACUAUAGGUUUAUGGAACAAUAACCUAUCUCAUUUCAAAUUCUACUACUUGGGAUGUCUAUCUUCAAUGCUUACGAAAUAUGUAUAUGCGUAUUUGUCCUUUGUUGUUCGUGCCUCGAAGCCUUAACCAGCAAUCCCUCCAAACAUGUAAACUUACUAUAACGCGCUGUUUUCGGUGUUUCCAUAAGUUACUCGCCGAAACUUGGCAAUAAUAUACCCUCCUCUGCCUCACUAUCUUAUUCUUUUGCUUUCCAUCGCAUGGAUGAUAACUCACAACCAACAUGUCUUUUUGCCCCACUUCCCCCCCCCGCUCCCCAAUAGACACCUUCCUCGUCCUCUUGGAUGCCUUCGAUCGCGUCACUGACCUCACCUGCUCCUAUUUAUUUGGCGGUCUUCUUGUGGGCUGUCUCUACUGGUCCGCAGUCACUUAUGGCGCGGUUACUGUGAUGCAGGUCUAUGGCCACGGCUCCGGCCUAGACGCUAUGGAGCGCACAGACCCAGUCAUCCUCCUCGUAGGCCUUCCAGCCAUUCCCAUUGUCCUCAUCCUCAGCAAGUUCAUUGGCUGGCAGGAUUUCCUGUUGCGACUGUGGCGGAAGCACCUUCGCAAGAUAGCGCCCUUUCGAUACUUCAUUCCUGCAGGUGAGUCCGGCCGAUGGGUCGUGUUCGUGUAUCACCAAACAGCCCCCGGUCGUGCAGGCUUAUAGGAAUAUCAGCAGUUUAUGGUGAGGUAGACUUGAGUAGCAUCUAUCACACCCUGCCCUCCCUCACCUAUCUUGCUCCGAUUGCAUGGCAAGGUCAGGACGAUAGGAGGUGAGCUCGGGCGUCGUGACUGAUGAAGUCAAAUAGUCCAUCUACACGUGCCACACACCAUCUCGUCUCCACUAUGGCACGCGCAGACGGUGGUGGAGAAGUGGGGCAGAUGCUUCGCAAGCCUAUCCCACCAUAAGUGGAUUCACGCUACGGAUGCCGUCACUUGCGAUGGUCGAACUGUCGUGAUAUCCCGGCAGCUCCAAACAUCCAUAGCAAAUCACUCGGUCUGGCGUUCAAAGCUUUAUACGCGUUACCCACACGGGUCCCCAACAAAACAUUAUUUAUCACGAUAAAGUUUAAAAUAAAAGGAUUACUUUGUACUCCUCUUUCAGAAGGUACUGAGAAACUGAGCAGAAGGGGGGGGGUGAGGGGGAAUAAUUGUAUGAUAACGAUGGAGUUCAAGCAGAGCAAGUGUUAUUCAAAGGCACCCUUUAAACUACCAGACCUAAUAUGGACCUAAAUCGGAAACGAUAAACUGGCCUCGGGCACUUCCAAAAUGGUCGCCUUCGUAAUAUUAACGGCCCUCCUCUGGGCCUAUAUAAAUUUUAUUCUGGCAACACGCUGUGUUAGGGUAAUUUAAUCGCCCUCUCGCCGCAGAUUAACAUACUCGACCUGUUCGCUACCUGAUGCCCACGUAUUUGCAAUCAGUCGUCGAAUGGGCUCCACUGAUCAGAUUACAGCGUCCUCGCAGACGGUCGCAUAGCGACCAGUAUUAAUGGACAAGGAAACAUAGCCGAAGGCAAAGUAGACCAGGACGGCCGUCGUCAGCCAGCCACACUUUAUCCUGUCUUUUGAAAACCGAGUAUUCGAAUCGGAAUUCUUUGGUCAUUGGGCAUUGGGCAUUUUUCAGAUCCAGGCUCUACGAUUCAGCAACGGGCCCUUUGUCUUGUUGGUCCGCGGUCGGGAAUAUCAACUGCGGUGGAAGAACGUCCACCGUUUGGGUUAAGACAAAUGCCCUCCGCUUUGUGCCUUAGGGCUCAGUCUAGUGUCCUCAUAGGCGACCGUGUGACGACGAUGCAUGCAAGGAAUACCAACAGAGACGAGGAAGAUCGGGAUGACCACUGCCGGCUUUUUGGCGGUCGUCGGCCGGCCAUACCCAACCCGUUAUCAUUCCUUCUGCUAUCAGUUAUCAUCGUCAGCCUACCACGCCUGGGUAACCUGGGGUCCAAAUCCGGAUUCUUUGGCCAUCGAGCGCUCUUUUAUUUCAGCGUCCUUCCAUCUGCCAAUACAAGCGAAGAUGCGAUUUCCAGGAACUUGUUGAUCAGAAGAAGAAGAAGAAGAAGAAGAAGAAGAAGAAGAAGAAGAAGAAGAAGAAGAAGAAGGAAGAAGAAGAAGGAAGAAGGAAGAAGGAAGAAGAAGAAGGAAGAAGAAGAAGAAGAAGAAGAAGGAAGAAGAAGAAGAAGAAGAAGAAGAAGAAGAAGAAGAAGAAGAAGAAGAAGAAGAAGAAGGAAGAAGAGGAAGGAAGAAGAGGAAGGAAGAAGAAGAAGAAGAAGAAGAAGAAGAAGAAGAAGAAGAAGAAGCGAUCGCCAGAACAAGGGCCUUAUUCGCCUGCCGUUUCGGAUUCUCACUUGAACCCAUAAUCAGAGACAGUGGCAGAAACCGGUGAUUCGUGCACAGGAAGUUGCAGUAUUUGUUGGAUGCAGUCGCCAUGCUACCGUAUGCUUGGCAUACCGGCCAUCUGGCUCACCGGCUUGCGCGCUUUUUAAUUAAAUAGGUCAGAGGAGAAGAGAGAAGGAAGAGAUGGAUCUUAAAAGGAAGAAGUUCUACAAGCUUGCAAAACGCUGGUAGAUGACAACUGCAAGAAAUAUCUGGAGUCCCUUACCGGGUCUCGUGUAGUUGCGGGCAAAGGAACUACGUUGGGCAAACAGGAAGAGUGAUCCAGACGCGAAUUGCCGAACACGCUGCAGCCGUGCGGAGAAAUGACGCCAACUCUCAGGUCGCGGCCCAUUCGACGAGACCCGGCCACACAUUCAAAUUCAACGAAGCCAAAAUUCUCGCGAGAGGGGAUAAUCGCGUGAGCCGCGAGUUGCUUGAGUCAUGGUUCACGGGAACUGAGUCUAUUAGCAAGUGCAACGACAUCCACACUCCAUAUUCCGUGCUUGGGCAUCGGCUAGCCAAAAAGAAUUGACCACUCGGGGAGUGCGCAAGCCUUUGAGCCAAAUGGCCGAGCAAUCAUCACGCCAGCAUCCAACACGAGUGAUGUGAUUUCAGGAAUUAGCGACUUGCAUGCCGGCCAUCAAGCCAUUAGCGCACCAGCGGUCAACAAUUCUUGAUCAAGGGAAGCGCGGUAUGCGGUAGCACGGCGACUGCAUCCUAUAAAUACAGCAACUUCCUGUGCACGAGUCACUCUUUUCUGUCAUUGUCUCUGAUGCUGGGUUCAAAUGAGAAUCCGAAACGUCAGACAUUGCAGUCUGACUCAGUAGACCACUGCACACAAACACACACUGGCCUGACUGCGUGGUCUGAUUUGCAUCCUCAGUCGAAAACCUUCGACCUCACGGCUUUUAGCCCACCGUGGUAGUCUGAACCACGUCAGAUCUUUUAUAGUGAGAAUUGUGCGCUAAGCGUCUUCCCUUUUCCGUGCACCGCUCGAAUGCCCGAGCCGGUCAACCAACUGAUGCUGAGAUUGGAAUCACUGAUUGUCCCAUCUACUACCUUCAACAAUUAGACUGUGAUCUGUGGUUUGGCGGUGUCAAGUUCUCCUUUCGUAUGCUCUGACCUAAUUGAAUCCUCACUUCCUUCCCUCUCCCUGCUCUUCACUUUUCUCUCAGAUAUACCGUCUUGGCGGCUCGAGGAGGCCAACGACCCCCGAUCCAACUUCGAACUCGGAGCCAUCCCCAGGAUUCUAUGCAGUGCUCUGCUAUUACCAACCUUUUCUGUCUUCUGUGGUCGCGUCUUCUUCCCACAGAUUGAGUCAGACCUCCUGCGAACUCUGUCUGUGCGUAGGACUGCGAUCUGCUCUUUGUUUGCCUUUUCUCUCACCUCUAAACCUUUAUAUGAAAACCUUAGCUGCUGCGUUCGCCUGUGCGAUCAUGCAGUCCUGAUUUGUUCGCCAUUGAUGGCUUGUUCGUUGCAACUGAGGGAGGAGGGAGUGGGGUAGAUGCUGUGCAAGUCGCUGGUGCUGCACCCACUCGGUGGAGCACGUGAUGGAAGUCGUCGCUUGCGACGACGGGGCUGCCAUCUCGUUUAACCAGCAUCAUAACCCACACUUAGGGGUUUUCCUGUCAGGCAGUACACUCAGAAAUUCCAGUUUAUAGUCCCCAAGUUCUUGCACAUACGUGGGGGGUCGAAGAGCCUUUUAUUCGUUUUUUUCGAGACUUCUGUAUGCUUUCCAUUGUGUCCGUGGCGGCCGUUCAUGUCACGGCCGCGGGUUCUUUGCACUUGCGUCACUACCCGCAGGUUUCCUUUCCUCAUCACAGUCGUCGAUGCCGACCUUUACACUAAGAGCGGGAACACGGACCAAUCACCUUCCAUCUCACUUGCUGCACAGUCUCUAUGCGAGCUGUCAUUGGUGGCUGGCCAAACACCCCCCGGAGGGGACUGCAGCAACACUGCUUUGAAGUCUUGCUGUCUGGAAAUUCAGUUAGUUUUAAAAAUGAGCUUAACCGUCCUAAUAAACGACGCCCGAUGCCGUCCCUCCAGGUUGGCCCAACACCAACGACUUGCGCGCGAAUUCGUUCGUGGUUGGGCAGACUUGCGCAGAAUCUGUCGCAGUUUGUCCUCUCUCAACCAACUUCUUGCGGUUAUGUCGUUAUGGUGAAUUUCUGUAUCGACCGCAUACUCUUUUCCCGGCUUUGAUGCACCAGUCAGAUUGGCCCGUCAAACACGUAUUUGUAAGAUUGAGCGCAAUGUCUGACGAAACUGAGCGGCCCGUUAGCGCACGCUGAACGCGACCUGGUCCCAGCCCCUGGCCUAUAAGGCGACUCGGACUUUGCGUAGCUGAAAAUUUCAUUGGGGCGACAUUGCAGACUUCAUUUCAAUCCCGAUAAAGGCUGAGUGUUCCCGUCAAUUGAUAGACUUUCAGACCAUGCCCGUAGUAGUAUUGCUAUAUGACGGAUGUUGAGAGCACCCGGUAGGGCUUCAUCCACCACCGUGUGACACAAUCUUGGAACUCUGAACGCCUGUGCCAGGUGUGCUACAAUGGGCCCUCUUUUCCGUCAAACCGACAUCCGACAUCUCGACCGUCGUUGUCGACGAUGUCCACCGUGUGCUCCACAACGAGAUGGAGCAGGAACAGUUACUUCUGCGUGAAUGUAGACUUGCACAGCGUCUACCGCACUCUCUCCCCUUCUCCACCUUGAUCCGGCGUCAAGACAGAGUCAAGAAGACUGGAGGUGGGGGAGGGCGCAGGUGGAUGGCACGGUCGAGCCCGCGCCUUGACGCUCCACUCCACCCCCGUGGUCCACACAGCAAAGGACCAGAUUUUUGACCAACAACAAGAAUGGGCAGGGGACCCAGUGUGCGCGACGUCUGCCGGCAACCGGGUGUGCCACCGCACCCCGAUAUGUUGGCAUUUGUUAUGGUGCGCAACCCGAUAAAGCCUGCCAGAAUCUGAUAGGUCCCCCAUGGUGGUCCAGCGCAUCUCCCACAUAGCCCGUUUGGGGGCACCCCCGACCCCCACUGUCCUGUAAUAAUACUCGUUUUCUCGAGCGCGGCCUUAAUCAGCGUCUCCAGAAAGCAACUUAGCAUUCGGUGUGUAUAAAUGUGACUGUCUAUUCUGAAAAUCCGACUGUGUGUGUGAUGCAUUACCGUAACCGAUUGUUCACCAGCGUGUUCUCUGUCAUUGCUUCUUUAACCACCAUUUUGCACUUUAGGGAGGCGUGCUUUACAUAGGCGUGACGGGACUACUCGGUCUUUAUCAUCGCGAAGUGAAGUUCCUACGCUCCUGCCGCAGGAAGAUACUGAACUACGCGCCAGAAUAA